UUGUGGGAAAGGGUUUUAAACUCCUGUUCACCUCAGGAUGCACCUUGCCCGUCAUGAAGGCAAGUUGGAAAGGAAAUGCGACACUUGUGCGGAAACAUUUUCAGGAUUGAGCAGCUUACAAUCUCACCUUAUCAAGGUGCAUGGCAAGGAUCCGCUAAUUUGUGAGAAAUGUGGAGCUACUUUUAAAACCCUGGGAGGAUUUCAACUUCACCAGAAGGUCCACGCGGGUCAAAAAAGACACAAAUGCGAGAUUUGCGAGGCCUGUUUUAUGGGUAAGGGGACCCUUAACAUUCACAUGAGGAGUCACACCGACGAGCGACCAUUCCCCUGCCCCCACUGCGACAAGGCCUUCAAGAGGAGGCUGAAUUUGAACUACCAUGUAAACGCUAUCCACACUCCAGGCUACGUCGUCGCCACCCCGCACAAAUGCCCCCACUGUGAUAAAGGAUGUCGAACUCCGUUCUUUCUGAGAUCCCACAUUCGCCAAGCGCACACGGGAGAGCGCCCCUUCACCUGCGACCAGUGCGGAAAAGGAUUCGCGGACAAGUCAGGACUAAAUAAGCAUUUAAAAGGAGGGGCCCAUCGCGUCGUUUUGAAGAAGAAGAAAGGGAAGUUACGAAGAUCGAAAAAAGAUGCGGUUGAUUCAGAAGACGAAGAUAAGGAUGAAGACGAAGAUAAGGAUGAAGAAGAUACGGAUGAAGAAGAAGAUAAGGAUCAAGAAGAAAACAAAAAUGAAGAAGAUAAGGAUGAAGAAGACGAAGACAGUGAUUAAAUUAGGAUUUGUAUUUUAUAUUGUUAAAUUUCAAUCUUUAUCGGUCUGAAAUAACACAUGUGUACACAUUGUUAGAGAAUUAAUCGGAUUUAUCUAUAAUUAAUUUAUCUAGUGUAAUCACUGAUUAUUAUUAUUAAAUUAGAAUUUGUAAUUUAUUGGACAAAAUUACUUAAGUUUUAUCAGAAUUAAGACACAUAAGUACGCAUCGUUAGAUAAUUAAUAGCAUUUAUAUAGUUAUAGCUAAAAUCUGCUGUAAUCACAUUAUGAAUUAAAUUGUAAGAGCAGUACCUUAAAAUAUUUACAAACGCAUUAAUAACGCAUCAAUAAUGAAGCUUCAUAUCUAAGAAUAAAUUCGAAAUAUUUUAUUA